AACUCGCCUCGUUUAGAAUAGCUGCGGUGCUGGAGUAGUCUACACUCGUCGCCUGAUAGUUCCAGCCAAAACGGAACAUCGAACCUUUUUUAUUUGAUUUAUUUGGUUCGAUUUAAAUUCUCUUCUCUCACAAGAUGUGACUCUUUUCAAAGAACAGACUAAUACCUUAGAAUAUCCAUGUCGUUCAGGAUAGCUGGGAGAGAGAACGUCAAUGGUUUUUCUACGAAUGGAAGUUAUUUGUUGUGAAUUGUUUUGAAUAUGUUAUUCCGAAGUGAGUUUGUUUUUUGUUUGUCUCCGUUCGUCGUGGACCUUUAAUUUGGAAUCUAACGACGAAAUCCAGAUCGUCAAGGGAAACCCAAAGCGAGGAUUCUACAAAGCCAGAGAGCUCACAGACCGGGGAUUUAAAUUGUUUGGUGUGCUCCGGGAGAAGCGAGAGUCAAAGAAAGAAAUUCAUGUGGCCAUUCUCUCUUUAGCAAAACAUUUUGGAUUGCAGAAUGAGCAAGGAAAGACCUAAGAGGAAUAUCAUCCAAAAGAAAUACGAUGACAUAGAUGGGAUCCCCUGGUCAGAGGAGAGGGAUGUGAGGAAGGUGCUCUAUCUCUCCCUGAAGGAGUUCAAGACUGCUCAGAAAAGGCAGCUUGGAGAUGGAACCAAAUACACAAAUGGUUCCCAUGCCCGCGGCCAGCUCAACGGCUUGGGGCAGAAGGGCCACAAGGCUGACGGGUUGCGGUUCCAGAGCACCGAUGGCAGCAGCGAGUACUCUGAGGAUGGUCCUGCCAAGAAGAGGCCCAGACUGCAAGCGCAGAGGAAGUUUGCCCAGUCUCAGCCCAACUCUCCCAGCACCACGCCGGUCAAGGUGUCUGAUACCGCCCUGCCCGCCCCCUCCGCUCACAUCAGAGACAUCUCCAGACGGAAACCCAAGACUGAGGACUUCCUCACCUUCCUCUGCCUGAGAGGUUACUCCUCCUGGCCAAAUGAAGGUUUGUCAGCGUUGCCCAGUAACAUGGCGUACUUUGGGAGCUCUCAGGAUGAAGAUGAGCUGGAUGACGAUGAAGAGGAAUACGAGGAUGUGAAGCCAGACAUCAGCGUGGCGUCUACUUCAUGUCAGUCCACGCCCAGGAAGGGCAAACCCCCAGGGAAACAUGCCGUCAACGGCCACGUGUUGAAUGGCCACAGCAAGUUGCCCCGGGACAGCCACAAGCCCAGAGGGAAGGAGUGGGUGCAGGUGAGGGAGCGCAGUGAGAGGGCCGAGGCCCGGAGGGAGCAGGCCCUCAGCCAGCCAGAGGCCACAGCCAGGGGUCACACUACCAAUGGACUGCCUCACAGGAGGGCUGCAGAGGAGCCCCGCAAGCAGGUCUUUAAAGUGAACGGCGUCACACGGAUCUCCCAGCCAGGCGUGCACACGGCCGGUGCCCAAAAAACGAAAGACUUCAGACUGCCGUCCAAAACUGUGAAGGGCCAAGUCACAUACACCAAAGCAAAACGAGAACUGGUCAAGAAAACCAAACUCAACCACCGCAAACACAGCACUGCUGCUUCCCAUAGAGCCAAUAGCAACAAUCACCACCGCCACCAGCGACUCCCCCUCUCCAACUCAGGAAAAGCCCAGAAUAGCAAAGCAAAAACACGCAAACAGGUGCUAUUAUCCAAUGGGGUGUACAAGGUGGCUAAUGGGGGCGGUGUGCGCCUCAACGGUCGCCUCUGUGCCAAGCAGGAGGUGGGCAGGCAGGGGCGUGAGGGGCUGAGGAACUCCAAGCGGAGGCUGGAGGUGGCGGUAGCAGCCAUCGGGGCGGUGGCUGACUCCCAGGGUCAGCUGGUCAUCCUGGAGAAUAACCCCAACCCUAAGAAGACAAAACAGCUCCAGACCAGCCCUCUGGAAACACGCAGUAAGAAAGCAUGUCAGGACAAGACCUUGGUCCCCAACGGACACAUUGUCAUGGAAACCACCCCUCCCCCGACCCUGCUAGCCCCACCCCCUCCCCCGACUCCUCCCGCCACACCACCAGCCAAUCCAGAGCCAGAGCGUCAGCGGCCCAAGCGGGCGUCAGCCGGCAAGCUGAUGUUCAUCAGACAAGCACAGCAGCGGGGGCAGGUUGCCUCUAACCCUAACCACAACCGCUCAACUACCUCAGAAUCCCCUUGCCACACUUCUGGACACAACCCUGGACAUAUCCCUCACAAACCAGCAGAGCCCCGGCCUGACAGGGAGUGGGAAAGGGAGAAGGAGAGAGAGAGGGAGAGGGCGGAGAGGAGCAGGUUGAGCUGGGCGGCGUUGGGUGAGGCGCCAGUGUUCUGUCCCACCCAGCGGGAGUUCCAGGACCCCCUGGUGUACCUGGACUCUGUGCGGGAGGGGGCGGAGCCCUGCGGACUGUGUCGGGUGGUUCCCCCGGCUGACUGGCGCCCAGAGUGCAAACUGAACGAUGAGAUGCGCUUUGUGACCCAGGUGCAGCGCAUCCACAAGCUGGGCCGUCGCUGGGGCCCCAACGUACAGAGGCUAGCCUGCAUCAAGAAGCAUCUCAAAUCUCAGGGCAUCACCAUGGAAGACCCCCCGCUCAUCGGUGGCUGUGAGGUUGACCUGGCUCGGUUCUUCCAGCUGAUUAAUGACAUGGGCGGCAUGCAGCAGGUGAUGGACCUGAAGAAGUGGAGUAAACUGGCUGAUCUGCUGCGGAUCCCCAAGUCAGCCCAGGACCGUCUGGCCAAGCUGCAGGAGUCCUACCUCCAGUACCUGCUGUCGUAUGACUCUCUGUCCCCCGAGGAGCACCAACGCCUGGAGAGGGAGGUGCUGCAGGAGAAGGAGGGCUUGGAACGCCUCAGGGGGCCACUGGAGGGCCACACAGAGAGGAACCUGGCCCUGCCGCGCUACGAGCCUAAGAACGGGCUGGCCGGCAGUCUCGUGCAGCGCAGCAACGGUCAACUGUGCAGCCGGCUGAAGGAGCUGGACAGUCAGCAGCUGAAGGUGGGACGCCGGAGGCUGUUCGCUCAGGAAAAGAAUAAUGGGGACAAGACACAGCAGGAGGAAGAGGAGGCGGAUAUGGAGAAAGGUGUUCUCAGUGACCAGCACAAGUGUAUUUACAAGGGGAAAUCUGUAUCUCUCACCAACUUCUUUAGGAUAGCCAGGAACACCAUGACCAUGUGCUUUAACAAAGAGCCCGGUGCUGCUGAGGUCGAGCAAGAAUACUGGAGGAUAGUGGAGCAGAGGCACUGCCAUGUGGCAGUGCAUUAUGGGAAAGUGGACACCAACACACACGGAAGUGGCUUCCCUGUGGGAAAGUCCGAGCCAUUUUCUAAACAUGGAUGGAAUCUCACUGUCCUCCCAAAUAAUUCUGGAUCCAUUCUGCGGCAUCUUGGAGCCGUGCCCGGGGUGACCAUUCCCUGGCUGAACAUUGGCAUGGUCUUUUCUACCUCAUGCUGGUCUCGAGACCAGAACCGCCUUCCAUACAUUGAUUACUUACACACUGGUGCUGACUGCAUUUGGUAUUCUGUUCCUGCUGAAGAGAAGGUGAAGCUUGACAAGGUGGUUCACACACUGCUGCAGGCCAACGGGACCCCUGGGCUGGAGAUGCUGGAGAAGAACAUCAUGAUCUCUCCGGAGGUGCUUUGUCAAGAGGGUAUCAAGGUCCACCGCACCAUCCAGCAGAGUGGUCAGUUUGUGGUCUGCUUCCCUGGGACCUUUGUGUCCAAGGUCUGCUGUGGCUAUAGUGUGUCGGAAACCGUUCACUUUGCCACCCCCCAGUGGAUGAACCUGGGAUACGAGGCUUCUAAGGACCUUAAAUGCCGGCACAUAGCCAAACCCUUCUCCAUGGAGAAGUUACUCUACCAGAUCGCCACGGCCGAAUCGAAACGCGAGAACGGACACCUUCUGACAACAAUCUCCGCUCUUCUCAAAGACCUCAGGAACAUAGAGAUGAGACAACGGCAGGAACUGUACGAGGCGGGGCUUCUGUCUUCUGCCCGCUAUGGAACACACGACAACAACCUGGUGCCCGGCGACGGACGCAAGAAACCCAGGAAGUGGCUGGCGCUAGAGUCCUCAGAGAGACGCUGCCAGACCUGCCAACACCUCUGCUACCUGUCCAUGGUGGUCCAGGAGAAUGAGAACGUGGUCUUCUGUCUGGAGUGUGCUCUGAGAUACGUGGAGAAUCACAAGUCCUGCAGAGGCCUCAAGAUGAUGUAUCGUUAUGAUGAGGAGCAGAUCAACAGCUUGGUGAAGCAGGUGUGCGGCAAGGCCCUGGGGAAGACGACUGAGAAAUGUAAUGGUGCGAGCCCCUUUAAACCACCACCCAAACGCGGUCCCCGGAAGAGAGCCACCGUGGAAGUGUCCCUGUCCCGCCUCUCCUCCCACCUGUCUCCCGCAGCCGUCUCCUAAGGACGUUAACACCCCCCACUGCCCCUCCAUCUUAGUUUGGCCAAUCACUGUUGUCCUUUUUAAAGAAAGAUUUUUUUUCUCCAGCUUUUAAUGCCCCAAAUCUCCCCUACCUAUGCCCCUUACCAUGACAAACAACAACCCCCACCCCCCCCCAAUUAGUAUGGCAAACUCGUGAAAGCAAACUGUAUUUUUUUGCACUAGCACAGAAAAAACUAUUUUUCAGUUUGUCAGUUUGUUUUUUUGGGGCGGGGGGGGGGUUAGUUGAUGUUGUCCUUAGCAUUAAUUGAAAAGUUCACCGGUAAAUGUUGUGCCCCUUGCACUGCCCCCCUCUACACUUUUUGAGGAUAGGGUCAGAUUGGUCUUCCCUACCCACACUGCAGUCACACCCAUCGCCACCUGUCAACUGUGAACAAAGGGACGAACGGAGAAGGUGCUCCUUUUUCAUUUUUAUUGAAAGUAGAACCCAAAGUUUGCUCUCGUCUUUAGUUUUUGAAGAUGAAUUGUUUAUAUUCUCCUUUUUCACCUGCAGCAGCUCCUGUUGUUCAGGGUCUGUUGCUCCCUAACCCACGCCAGGUAAAACUUGAAAGGCAGAUGUUUUGGCUUGCUUGUUUUUAUUUUGGAUUUUAGCUUUGAUUUUAGUCUUCUGUGUUUAUUUUGUCGUUUUGUUCCUUGGUGGCUGUGGAACUAGCGGUGCCGUGGCUGUAUGUCAGAAAUACAGCCUGGUGUGCCGUAUGUCAGAAACACAGACCUAGGUGCCGUGGCUGUACGUCAGAAAUACAGCAUGGUGUGCCGUAUGUCAGAAACACAGACCUAGGUGCCGUGGCUGUACGUCAGAAAUACAGCCUGGUGUGCCGUAUGUCAGAAACACAGACCUAGGUGCCGUGGCUGUACGUCAGAAAUACAGCCUGGUGUGCCGUAUGUCAGAAACACAGACCUAGGUGCCGUGGCUGUACGUCAGAAAUACAGCCUGGUGUGCCGUAUGUCAGAAACACAGACCUAGGUGCCGUGGCUGUACGUCAGAAAUACAGCCUGGUGUGCCAUAUGUCAGAAACACAGACCUAGGUGCCGUUGCUGUUUGUCAGAAAUACAGCCUGGUGUGCCGUAUGUCAGAAACACAGACCUAGGUGCCGUGGCUGUACGUCAGAAAUGCAGACCUGGGUGCCGUUGGUCUCUGUGCCCGUAGUAGAAGGGAGGCCUCCUUCGCUAGCGAGUGAAAACUGUGCCUAAUACUCAGCAAGGAGAUCCAUCGUUUUUGGUGCUGUUGGUUAUUAUUACUGUAUAACAAUACAAAAGAAAGGUGAGGUGCUGGCUAACUACUACUCUCCUCUCCCACAGGGAUGAGGUUCAAGGUUUUCAUGUCCCACAGGGUUAGGGUUCUAGGCUCUCUUCUCCCACAGGGUUAGGUUAGGGUUCUAGGCUCUCCUCUCCCACAGGGUUAGGUUAGGGUUCUAGGCUCUCUUCUCCCACAGGGUUAGGGUUCUAGGCUCUCUUCUCCCACAGUAUUAGGUUAGGGUUCUAGGCUCUCUUCUCCCACAGGGUUAGGUUAGGGUUCUAGGCUCUCCUCUCCCACAGGGUUAGGUUAGGGUUCUAGGCUCUCCUCUCCCACAGGGUUAGGUUAGGGUUCUAGGCUCUCCUCUCCCACAGGGUUAGGUUAGGGUUCUAGGCUCUCCUCUUCUAGAUGUGCAAUCAUGUUAACAUUCCAUUCUUCCAGUCCUAUUGUUUCAGCUGUACCAGUAAACAUGACUUAUUUUAUUAUUAUUUUAUAUUUUUAUUGUGUAUGCGUUCUGAUGUGCGUGUAGAACCACUAGUCAAAGGGUGUAAAAUGUGAAAUAUGGAAAUCCAUGUUGUUUUUUUGCUUUUGCAUUUUCCCUUUUUCAGAUGUAUUAUGUUUGAUUUUAGGAGACAGUCCAACACAAAAACAAACUUUUGUACAUAAUCCUGUAAAUGUCUUUAAAUACUUGAGCCUUUUCUGGGGUGAAGGAAGGAAUGAUGCCUCUAAAGGUAUUAGCGGAAGCAAGGGAGGAAGUGCUUGAUGAAGAAAAAGCCUUACGUUUCAGUUUCUUCAUGUGUGUGAGUUUGAUGCUUACAGGGUUGCUCUGGUUACGUGUAUACAUUUAAGUGCUGCUUACAUCAGUGAGAACGAUAUGGAGUAGCAAUGGCCCCCUAUUUUAUUUUUAUUUUUUAGCUUUACUUUUUUAAAGAAAAGGGAAAAUAUGUUCAUAAAAAAAAUUGUUUAAAAUUUUCAUUACUGAAAAUUCAACAAUGUAGUAGCUCAUGUUGCACUGAGCUUGCCAGUGGUGGCUGACAAGGUGAUCCUAUUAUCAAGUUUGUUGGUUGUUGUCCUUUACAGAAGACUGAACUGUUUUAGGAGUAUUUAAUGAAAACCAAGUUGGGUGUUUUCCACAGAAAGUGGUUGUCAAGUUUGUAUGGCCUUACAAUGUAUUUUAUUCAGAUUUUUUUUUUUUUUGCAUUUUCUUUUUCUACAGUAUAAACUAUUGCUCACGGUCGGUCUGGCAAGUUAAUUUAUUAGCGAUGCGUCUCCAACUUUCCUUCCACUUGGAAAGAUUUCAUGUUGGUUAUAUUGCCAGUUUUUUUUUUUACUUUUGCAGUUUGUACUAAAGGUUUAAUAAAAACGUACAGACAA